AUGGGUGUCAGCUAUGUGGAUGCCCGUAGGAGGGAAUUCCUGAAUUUAACUCAAGGAGAAAGGACAGUGGCUGAAUAUGAGGCUGAAUUUUUGCGACUGAGCUACUAUGCACGUGGGAUGGAUGCAACAGAAUAUGAGCGGUGUGUUCAUUUUGAGUAUGGCCUCAGGGAUUGUCUAAGGGCUCUAAUAGCUCCUCAGAGAGAGUGGGAUUUCACAGCACUAGUGGACAAGAAAAAAAUCGCCAAGGAGGUGAUGCAUGCUGAGCGUCAGAACAGAAAAAAAGGCAGAGGUAAGAGGGACACUAAGCCCUCAAAUUCUUUUCAGAGGCUUAAGAAAAAGCCCAGAGCUGAUGGGCCAAUUAGAGUCAGGGUUCCUAUUGCUGCUACUACUGGACCGCAGUUUUGUGCUAAUUGUGGAAAAUGCCAUUAG